AGUACACAACCUUGAGAGCAAUUUACUACUUUAGUUAACACAGAUGGGACUAAUAUCCCAGAAAAUCGAAAGAUCCGAGCUCAAAGAUGGAGACCACAUAUAUAAUUGGAGGAUGCCAGGAUACACUCACCAUGGCAUCUACGUAGGGGAAGGCAAAAUUAUUCAUUUUGUGAACCCUAAAAGGAAGGCUGGGGAUGGUAACCUAUUAACAAAAUUUAUAGGAUCUUCAUCCACUAGCGGUACUGGUGGUGAACAAGAAGAAAAGACACCUUGUUCGAAGUCGUUUUGUAAGUUGGAGAAAGUGGCAGGAAGUGGAGUAAAAUUGUCUUGCAUAGAUUGCUUCAUUAAAAAGGGGUCAUUACACCGAUUCGAAUACAAAGCAAGUCGUACGUUUCUUCUAGCGAAAAUGGUUGGUGGAACAUGCACCACGGCCGAAUCUGAUCCGCCUGAAGAGGUGAUUCAUAGGGCUAAUUAUUUGCAUGAAAAUGGGUAUGGGAAGUAUGAUUUAAUUAAUAAUAAUUGUGAAGAUUUCGCGCUUUAUUGUAAAACUGGUCUAUGGAGCACGGAUAAAUGGUAUCAAGGGAGGAGUGGUCAAGCGAAUAUGAUUCAUCCAACAAGUCAGGAUAAAAAAGAUAAAGAUUUGGGGGAGAGUGUGCAUCGAUAUGCGACUGCUAUUCCAAGAUCAUUCUCAAAGCGACAGAAUAAAGACUUGGGUCUUCGUGAGGAUGUUGUGAAGGUGCCUGUAGAGGAGUUAGCGUCUUUUUGUGCUUCUUUGCUUUUAAAGUAAGAUUAACAAAUCUCGUUUCAACUAUGAGUUUGAGAUGUGUUCCGUAGAAGUUUUAAAAAUGUUGUCUUAUAUGGAUGUAAUUAUUUUGUGUCAA